CAUCACUACAUAUUAGAUAAAGAUUGAUUCCCAAGUUUCUUUUCUUAAUCUCUCUCUCUCAUACUUUAUUCAUUCUCUUCACACCUUCAUCUCCCUCUCUCCCUCUCUCUAGAUUUUGUGUCAGAAACAAAGUACAACAUAUAAUUUCCUUUCAGUUUUGUACUUCCUCGUUGUGUCAGAGGAAAAUCUUUCAUCUUCUUUUUGCCCUUAUUUCGAAACAACCCUAUUUCCACAAGUCGAUUCAGAAUGUCUGCACCUCAACCCACAUCCAAAAACCGUACCUCUCUCAAGAUCCAUCUCGCUUAUCGAUUCCUUCUUGCUUUAAACACCCUCAACCAGAAAAGAUCAGCUUUUGACCACACCCAGAACCAUAAAAGGUCUAACCGUGUAAAGAUUGCAGCCUACGCAUCAAUGGCGUCUGUGGUUGGACCAAGACGAGCUUGGAGCCGUGCGAUUUUAUGGAAGAUCAGAAACCGAUGUGUGUUAACAAGAAACAAGAAGAGGGUUCAUCAUAUAACUACUAGUCUUCAAGUGAAGCUUAGGAAGCUUGUACCUGGUGCUGAAACCAUGGAUCCAUGCGGUUUGUUGGAUGAAACUGCUGAUUAUAUAAAGCAUCUGGCCACGCAGGUUGAAGUCAUGAAAACUCUGGUAGAUCUCUACUCCACCGUUUGAAUAUAUACACACAAAAAGAUAAAUAUAUAUACACACACAUAUGUAAAUCGAUUAUCUAUACAUACAUAUAUACGCGAUCAAUAGAACUUGUGUAUGUAUGAUAAUAUGUCAUCUUGAGAAGCUUGCGAAGAAGAAUAUGUGGAGGUGGUUUAAGUUUUUGAUUAUCUUUUCUAUGAAGAAUUUAUAGCUCAAAUACAUAUGCAGAAUAAAGUGAUCCCAAGUUGGUCUUGCUUUUU